AUGCUUCGCUCACCGAACAAGCAAUACUGCUCUGACCCAGACAUCAGUAGCUUAUCCGAACCACACAAUAUAACAGUUCGGAAGCGUAAGCACGAUGACGAUUAUUCGGAGGAACUGAAGCAUCUAACAUCGAAUAUAGCAAAUAAAUUGGAUACUUGGAAAGCUGAAAUCCAGAAUAACAUCUCACAAAUCAAAAAGGAUUUAGAAUCAGUACUAAAGACUGAUUUUGAUAAACUCAACACAUCUUUCUCUGAAGUGAAAUCGGAAAUAAGUUGUGUUCGUCUAGAAUACCAGGAGAUUAAAAAGUCAAUGCAAUCUCUUAAGUUGAAACAAGAAGAAACGAUUGAAAAGGUUGAAGAUCUGGAAAAAUCGGUGCAGUUCCAUAAAUCCCUCGAAUCUAGAAUCAAAUUUUUGGAGAAUGAGCACAAGCUAUUAAAAAUAGAGCUGAACUCCAACUACCAAAGAGAUCGUCUUCUGAAUCUGGAGGUCUUCGGUGUCGUUGAGACAAGAAAUGAGAAUUUACCAGACUUAAUUCUGUCAAUUGCAAAGCAUGCCUGCGUGAAAAUCGACUCUGAUGACAUUCUAGAAGUAAACCGUAUUACCCCCAAAAACAAAGUUCAGGGACGCCCCAGAAAUAUUAUAGUUAAGAUGAAAUCUCGUCUCCUAAAAGAAAAUAUAAUUUCUGGUAUUCGUAAAAAACAUAUAAUGAAUCAGGAUCUUGGUAUAGUCGGUAAUACCAGCAGGGUUUACGUUAAUGAGCACCUUACUCAGUUCAAUAAGAUUUUAUUUAAGAAAUGCAGAGAGGCGGCUAAUCACAAGAGCUACCAGUACGUUUGGACAAAAAACGGAAGAAUAUUUGUGAGACGAAACGACACCUCGCCUGUUGUACAAAUAAAGCAAGAAGAAGAUAUUGCAAGAAUUGUUUAA